GUCGGCUGUGCUGCUGCUGUUGUGCUCGGGCUCGGCAGUUUUGAGUAAGAUUGAGGGUAAUGGCCGGAAAUUGUUUAGGCGAUAAAUAAUGCAGUGUAGUUACCAUGGCUUUUCUUUGUCCAGUCAGAAUACGAAGAGGAAAGAAGAAGAAAAGUACUUUCACAGGUGCGAGCACCGAGGUAGAGAAAGAUGUGGUGCGAGCGCCAGGUAUGGGUCGCAUCACUGGGAGUGCCUCCAUCGAGACUUUGGUCCGUGUCGGGAUAGAGAAAGAGAACGGAUUGUCUCCAGACAGCAAGAUGGUCGUCCUGCACGACUUCACUCCCUGUGUUGAUGAUGAGUUGGAAGUCAAGAGAGGGCAGGUAGUAAACAUUCUGUACAGAGAGAAUGACUGGGUGUACGUCAUAGCGGCAGACAGCAGACAGGAGGGCUUCAUACCUCACUCGUACUGCACACCCUACAACUCACACCUUGCGGAACUGGCAAUGAGCAAUGUCAAGAAGAAACUGCCUCGGGAGCAGUGCAACAUCAGUUCUGGGACGGAGGUAGAAGUGGACAUAAACCCUGAUGUUCGAACAGGAGUGGGCGAUCUGUCGGAUUGUGAGAGUUACAACAAGAAGGUUCUGUCCAACACUACACAGCAGACUGUCAACAUGACGUCAUCACAGGCGUCUCUACACAGUGCAUCGUCCCUUCAGCCUGACGUCCACCCCUUCUUCAAGGUAUCUAUCCAUUCUGAUCCGUCAGGAAGGUUCAUUGUCUUGUACACGUUCAUCGCCAGAGACGAGAAUGACGUAAGUGUUGAAAGAGGAGAGUUUGUUACGGUGUUAAACCGUGAAGACCCCGACUGGUACUGGAUAGUACGAUCUGACGGACAAGAAGGUUUCGUUCCCAGCGGCUUUGUUUAUCCAGCUGACGUAAUCCAAGGCCAUCUAAAUCAAAUGAACAACAAUCAAAAUGUCAAUAACAACACUCACAAUGCAGCCUCUGCCGCCAACGCCCCCCACCACCUCACCACAGCAACCAAUGACGACCUCAGAUACCACGGAACUGAGCUGGUCAUGCUUUACGAUUAUAAGGCACAAGCGCCUGACGACCUGUCAGUUAGAAGAGGUGACUGGAUCUACGCAGACCUCAACAACCAGACAGUGGACGGUUGGUUGUGGGCGUACGCUCCUAAGACCCGUAAAUAUGGCUUUAUUCCCAAGGCCUAUGCCAGACCUCCUGCCAUGACUAGCCUUUAAUUGCACUAAAAAUGUAUUCUUGCCAGCUCAUCUCAAAGUAACUUGUCUUCCAAUUUCAACGCGGCAUUUAGUAACAUGUCACUUGUAAUAUAGGGUCAGGUUCACUUUUGUAUGCUCUUCACGUUACUUUAUAAUUGUUGUAUGUUUGUAUAUAUUUUAAGGGUAGUUUGUUGUAUGUUUUCUAAUUCAACUAGUUUACAAAUAUUUAGAAACAAAUUGUAUAUGUUAAUUAGUUGUAGACACACAGUCAGUAUUAUGAUCUAUAAUAAAUGAAUUAGGUCUAUUUGUCAGUGAAACGCUCAAAAAUACUUUAAACCUUUUUAUAAGUGUUGUGUACUGUGACUGCGUGAUUUGUAAAAAUACUUUGCUAUGUUUAGGUGAAAAAUAAAGAGCUUAAAUUACUGGAGGACGUAACAUUAAAAAAAUUAUAGCCUAAUUGAUUUUAAAUGCCUGAAUUAGGAGAUUGGGACCUUUUCCGUUAAUUAUAUUACACUAGCAAAAUUUUAAGUUAUGUUUUGGUUCUAACCUACCUAAACUAGUUUAAAUUACCUAAUCAUAGACAUAAUUUGUAGAUAAAAUUACAACAUUUCAACUGUAAAUUAACACAAAAGGUCCUUCUAAAUAGUAUAAAUAAUUAUGAAGCCAUUACGACUGUGAUCUGUAAUAUCGAUAAAAAGCCAUGUGUAUUGCCAAUUCCUUAUAAGACUUUCUAGACUACUUAAAUAUUUGAUUUGUUGCAAAUACUUCUGUAAUAGAUUGCUAAUUUGUUUUAAAAUGCAUGUUGUCUUUCAAAUUAAUAGUUUGUUCUUAACUCUACUUCAAUAGAAAUAACAGUAGAAAGAAAUAGCUUUUAACUGUAAUUAUUUUAUGUUUAAUAUUUAGUUAAACCUUAAAUGCUUUAUAUUUAACUAUGAUUUCCAUAAUGGAUUUAGGUUGCUUAACUAUCGACUGUGAUCUGUACAUUAAAAAAUUGUCACUUUUAUAUUUCCAAAAUCAACAUUACGGUAACCGAUUUUGUUUAAAAUUUUUCAAUUGCAUUAUUCUGUACAGUUUUGUACU